CGUCUUCAAUGGCGUUCUUGUACCAGGCGCAAUGAUGCCGGCACAGCAGCACUCUCCAUAUUAUCCCGCAACAUACUCGGUAACCACCACGUACCUGGUGCCGAGUAUGUACCAGCCGCCCACCAUGUGCCAGUACCAGCCGCACGUCAUGGUCCAGUACCAGCCGCCUUUCAUGAGGCAGAACCAACAGCCCUUCAUUCCACAAACUGCCGCAACUUACCAGCAGCCCGCCACUUCAGAUCCGACCGCCGUGACUUACAUGCAACAGCUCGCCACUUCCGCACCAACGGCGACUCCAAAGCGGCAAUCCAAUAAAAUGAAAAUUAAAUGUCUAAUUCGCCAUUAAAUUGGUCACCGGGCGACGGAGUGCCGCAACGUCCGCAACCGACUACGCCAAGGCCCAAGAGCCUCGGAGACCGGAGUAAGAUUUAUUCUGUGGUACUGCAUUUCUAAAAAUAACACACAACCACGAUACUAGUACAACAGAAUAUCCAGAACGUUCAGUUAAUGAGAACUCGAAAAUCCGUGAAAAAUGUUUGGGAUAUCAGUGUAGCCAGGAUUCGAAAAUAAUUACAAAUUCUCUUUUGCUGCUGAAACUGAGUCUGCUCAUUUUUGAUGUUAUCAUUGUAAAUAUUUUAUUUUUCAGUGAUAAUUUAUUGAUAUACGACAUAUUUUGUUUCA